GUCUGUCUAUUUUUUUGUAAUUUGGAAAAAGGGAAGUGUGUUUCUGGGAAAACUGGAACCAAUUACUUCAUCUGAGUGUCGGUGCAGUGUCUGUGCCUCGGCCUCAUUUGCUUGUGGUGGUGGCUAUUUUUUGUUUGUUUUCCUUUUAGACCGUUUUCUGGCAGAGAUCUUUGUGUACAACUACUCCGAUUCUCUAACCAAGUGCAAUGGCGCAGAUCGGUUGCCUUAUGCCUCAGACUUUUGCCUCCAUUAUUUUUUUUUUCCCUUUCUCAAUACAACUUUCCUAAAACUCCAGUAAAAUGGCUGCAGUAAUUUAUUUGCAAUAGUUUGGAUUAGCCUGAGGUUUGCUCCUGAAGCCUGUACCUGGUCGUCAUCUAAACUGUAAACACUGAAAUUCCGAUAGCUCGGAGUCUGUCAGGUUCCUGUUUUGGAUGUUGUUACCGGCUGCUCCGGCGUGUGAAGCAAGCUGUUCGCCGUCCUGCGAGGUCAAGCAUGGAUCUGCAGGCAAUGACCCAUGAUUCUUGCCUUGCAAAACUUUUGUAAUGCUUUCUUCAGCUUCCUAAGAGAAGGCAACCAGAAGAACUCGGGAUGAGUAAAAACAGUAAUUCAGACAUUCAAAGCCCAUUCUGUGUUCUCUGUGGACGGACAGAUGACUGCCCUGAAAAGUAUGGAGAAAAAAGGACCUAUGUGGCAUACAAUCUCACCGUUCAUUAUUACUGUUUAUUGAUGUCAAGUGGCAUUUGGCAGAGAGGGGAAGAAGAUGAAGGUGUAGAUGGAUUCUUAAUCGCAGAUAUUCGAAAAGAAGUAAAUAGAGCUGCAAAACUGAAAUGUAAUAUCUGUAAGAAAAAGGGUGCUUCAAUUGGAUGUGUAGCUCCCAAAUGCAAACGAAGUUACCAUUUUCCUUGUGGGAUACAAAAAGAAUGUAUUUUCCAGUUCAUGGAAGACUUCAGGUCUUACUGUUGGGAACAUAAACCAGUCCAAAAGUUUUCCGAUAAAGAAUCUAGAGGAACUUCACAGUGUACAAUAUGCCUGGAUUUGGUUGAACAGCUUCCAGUGUACACUGUAUUGAAAAGUCCUUGCUGUAAAAACGCUUGGUUUCAUCGAGAAUGCUUGCAGUAUCAAGCUUUGAGUGCUGGGAUAUUUUUCUUUAGGUGCUCGGUAUGUAAUAACAAGGACAAAUUUCAGAAAGAAAUGUUGAGAAUGGGCAUACACAUUCCAGAAAAGGAUGCAUCUUGGGAACUUGAAGAGAAUGCAUAUCAAGACCUACUGCAAUGUUAUCAACACUGUGACAUUAAAAGAUGUCUCUGCAAGAAAGGAAGAGACUAUAAUGAACCUGAUAGUAAAUGGGAAAUAAAACGUUGUCAGUAUUGUGGUUCCCGUGGAACUCAUUUGGCCUGUUCAGCUAUGAAGUCAUGGGAGCAAAACUGGGAGUGCAUGGAAUGCACAAGUAUCUUGGCAAAAUCAGGGAACUAUAGCAAACAGAAAAAGCGUUCUUUGGCUACCUCUGAAAAGACAGAUGGAACAACUUGUUUGCUGGAAGAGCCAUCUCCAAAGUGCCCUCGGCAGUCACCUGGAUCUCAACGCAAUUUUCUUCUCCAAUCACCAAAGAUAAUGUGCCAGAACAACAUGUCGCCCUGCUCACACCGAGAACAUCCAGCAUCCAACAGAGUGAUGAUGUCCUUAUCUCCACUGAUGUCAAACAGGAACUGUUCCCUGAGGAAAAAGCAUUUAAGAAAGAAAAGAAGGGAAGUUUCUAAUAUACUGAAGGAGUUAAAGCUACAAGUUAAUACAAAAACUACAAGGCUUAACAUCAAUGCAGAAAACAUCUGGAAUAGUGCUUUAAAAGGAUUUAGACAGCGCAACUUCAAUCCUACAAACACCAUUGAAAUAAAAUUCACAAACUGCAAAAAUAGAUCCAAGACAGAUACUCCUGCUGCAUCAAAACACCAUUUCUUUCAAUUACUAAUGUUUCACCUUCAGAAUUCAUCAUUGUUUGAGGGCUCUUCUGCAAAGAACUUGUCCCUCGAUUUUCAAGCUGUAAAAGAGAAUCUUUAUUUUGAAGCUGGUAAAAUGAUCGCAGUUUCUUUGGUUCACGGUGGCCCAUCUCCUUGUUUCUUUUCCAAAACACUGUUUGAUUGUCUUGUCUAUGGUCCAGAGAAUGUGAAGCCAGCUUUGGAAGAUGUUGCUGAUGUUGAUGUAGCACGAACAAUAAAAAUGAUAAAAUAUGCAAGUAGUCUGUCCAGCCUACAGUCUGCAAUACACGACUGUUAUGAAUUCCUUGCUGCUGCUGGAUGUUUAAGACCUAUAACAUCUUUGUGUGAUAAGAACAUGCUGGUGAAUGACAUACUGAUCCAUCAUGUAAUCAAGAGAAUUAUUUCACCCUUAGAAAGUUUUAGACAAGGUUUGAAAACUCUUGGUGUGCUAGAGAAAAUGCAAAUGCAUCCAGAUGCGUUCUCUAGUAUACUUUGCCACAAACCUGAAAGACUUUCAGCAGAAACAAUUUGCGAUCUCUUUACAAUCCAUUCCUCAUCAGAUGUAAAUGAAGUUGAAGGUGCUGAUUUUUGGAUCGGUUAUUUGCAAGAUGUGGAAAGUGGUGAGUCAGUAGUGACUUUGGAGGAUAUUCUGCUCUUUGUAACGGGCUCUAUUUCUAUACCACCCAUUGGUUUUGAUCCAGAACCUACUAUUAAAUUUUUGCAUAUAAGGUAUCCCGUUGGAAACAGACUCCUUAAUUGCUUAGAGCUUCCUAUAACAAAGACAUACGACCAGUUUAAAAAUAAAAUGGAGUUCACCAUCAGAAACACACUAAGAGUCGAAAGGGAAUAAAUAUUUUUGCUACUGAACUGGAUGUUGGAAACUUCAGUUUUCUGCAGGAACAUCUGCUUGCGAAUUGCUACUGUAUUUUUGGACAGCAUGCUCUCGGCCUUUGCUGACCUUUCCCCCAAAGAUACGCAAAGAGCAGUAAUGUUGUAAGAGGAAAAGCAGUUUUCAAAUCAAAAUACGGAUUAUCUGUUGAAUUCUCUUCCUGUUUGAAGUUUGCUUUAAGAAUCUUACAGAAGUAUUGUAAAUGUCUACUUUUGCUCUAGACAGGUAUGAAAUGUUACCAAACUCUGUAACAUUCUAGCUAUUUCCCACAGGUAAGUAUGUUGAUUGUAUUACUUCAGUAACUUAUUUAUCAAAGUCAAAUCAGGUACACUUUGAAGAUAACUGCUGUAAAGCUUUGUCUCAAGUAAAACUGAUGUAGUUCUUCAGUUGUUCCAUGUAUAUUUUUUCAGUAAUUGUUUUUACAUUGAAGAUUCAUUUACGUUUUGAUGAUUCAUGCGAACCUAUGAAAGUUAAGAAACCUGGAAUUUUAAGGUCGCUGUGGUUAGUGCAUUAAAAUAUAACUAAGCUCUGGAGAAAACCUAGGCAAAAUAAUAAGGCACAAGAGCAAAAUCUGGUUGAACUUGAGUUUCUGUUGUUAAACAAAAGCUUUGACAUUUGCACACGCUUCUACAUUCUGGUGUUAUACAAUAGUUUUUAAUUGAAUAUGCAACAAUAAGUGGUCUUUCAAAAUGAAAUAUAAAGGUUAGACUUAAUGUUGUGGGGUAUGAAAGUAUAAGAAUUUGUUGCUCAUUAGAACAUGCUAUUUCGUCUUCAGUGGAAGUCAGUAUUUUCAUAGGAAUAUGCACUAAAACUGUUAAACCAUAUUAAAGUCUACCAUCAACUUGUCAGUGCCUGACACUUUUCCUAGCUUUUAGUCUAAACUCUUUCUAUUCAAUGGUAGGCGCAUUCUGAGCAACUUCAACUAUGUAAAAUAUAUUUCAAUUCUGCAGUAUUUGUAUAAAUACCAUUAAGCCAUAAAAGAUAAAAAGUGAAAUUCCUACAUGGUAACACCUGAUUGUUCUACAACUAUGAAACUGAAAGGACAUCUAAGUACAGUUUUUUAAAACAUAUGCAGGUCUCUCUUUUGAAAUUGCUGUUUCCUCCCGUCAGUUUGACCACCUAUACUAUGUCCCACACAUAGGUUGUGCUAUAGAUGUAUAUACUUAUAUAUAUCUCUAUAUAUACAUGCAUUCUUAAAAAUAUUGAAAAGUAAUAAUACAUUUUUUUUAUUAAUGUAGCUUGGUUUUAAUUGAAAAUACAAGCAGGAUUGCUUUACUCUGGAAUGCCUCGGUAAGAAAGUGGAUUAUAAAUGGAUAGGUGCUUCUAAAAAAAAUAAUCCGAUCUAAUCUGGAUCUGGGUUGUGGUUCACUGCAAGUAUUCCUGUAACUACCAGAUUUUAUUACUAAAUGCUAAUUACAUAGCAGUGUACUGCAACUCAGGAACUGUGGAAGUAGCAGUCAAGACUUGCUAAAUUUGAGGCCAUGCUAUAAAGGGUUAAAGACAAAGAGGCAGAUGGGUAUUUGAAUUACACAGCUCGUUUAACAAUAUGCAGGUAUUUUGAAUCUUCUUAAACUGCUACAGCUUCUUUUUCUUUCUUGAUCUUGGGAGAGGUACUAAUCCUUUUUUAUACAGACCUAUUUCUGUCAGUGGGUAACAGAAGUGUUAAAUUUUUUUUAUUGUUAUUUCAAAGUCUCUAAGCAAAUUAUUGCAAGGCUAAGAUCAGCCAUUUCUCACUACAUAUAGCUAAAACAAUCUAAUCUCACCAAAGUCCUGUCAUCAGAAAUUUAAGAAUAUUUGAAAUUAAGACAGGCCUAGCGGUGCUUUUCUGGUUCUGAGCCAAAAGCAUAUUAAAUUCCCCUUUAAAAUAAAUGUAUAAGCUCUUGGAGAAUAUAAUUGACUUAUCUAUAUACUAAGCAUUUUCUCAUUCUCUUCUGAUUUUUUUUUUACCUCCAAUAAUACUCUAUGUUUGUCAUCUUUGCAUAAUUUUUAAGUGUCACACUGCUAAUAACUUCUUUAUAUUCUUACCCUUCAGAAUGGUGGUAUAACAAAGGCGGUUUGUUGCAAAUUUGUUUGUAUAAUAAGGAUUCAUGUUGUAUGUUCAUAUUCUUAUAGCAAUGCGUCUCCUGCAGAUAGAGUAUUACACUUUAAAAAUGAGUGGUGUACCCAGUGCAGUAUUCCUUUCUCUUGCCUAGUUAGAGAUAAAUGUCUUCUGUAAUAUUAUGUUAUUUUUCUGUAUGGGAAAUAAAGAACUCAUAGAAGUAGCAAGCAGAGCGUGGAUAACUUUAACGGACAAUUCUUGGACUUUUGGUACCUGCAAUGGCAUGGAAAAUGGUUUAGAACUUGAAACUAAAUUGCAUUUUAAAACCUUCCAUGGAGAAAGAAAUAAUGAGGUAAUGUGAAUAUAAGGCUUCAAAAAGUAUCUGAAGUAAAAGGUGUGAACCCUGUUUUUAUUGCUUGUUAGUUUUGAAUUCAGCAGUUGGUAGGCUUUAUAUAAAGGUAGAACUAACCUAUUUGUCAGCUGAAGAGAAAUCGUUAAGUUUAAAACACCGCAAUACAAUGCUAUAUCACAACCUGAAAUCCGUAAAAUCCUCUAGUCUCUAAUAUUGCUUGAAAAGAUUUUUCUAAUGCUGAUGUACACAUGUCAGGACAAGUUGUUUUUCCUUUUGUUGGUUUGGUCAGCUCUACCUAGACAUUUUAAUAUAAUCCUUGAUAUCAUCAAGUUACAUUCCUAAAUGCUACUAUGGAAAGGAAUUUCGUCUCUUCUGCUCAUUUUCAGCCUUUAUUUAUAUAGACCAAUCCUAAAUUUAACUGUUCAUUAAAAUUCCAUUGAACAAACUGACUGCCCAUCCAUCAAAACACAGAAAGGUCUCUUUUGUCUGUAAACGGUAAGAACAAUUUCUGUAACUAUAAUGACCAUCAAGUUUUUAACUGCUUUAGCAGGUCACUGAAGCGCAGUGAGUUAUCAGGUAGUUUUCAUUUUACAUAAACUUUAACCUGAGGCACAUCUGGAAACUAGGGAAGUUCCUUUCUUUCUGCAUUUCUGUAACACAAGGAGAAUAAUUGUAUACGCAUUACCUGUUGUGUAUUAAAUAUAUUUUUUAAAUCUUUUAUAAGAUUCAUCAGGGCCACAAGAGAACUAUGGCAGUCCUCUCCGACUGUCUUUGGCCAAAGAACUUCACGCUGCAGUUUCUGCAUCAAGCCCUGAGCUUCCAUCUGGAAUUAGUACAUCAAAUAAGCUAUUUAUUUUCUAGAGUGAUCACUUUCUAGUAAAAAAUAAUAGGUUAGUGUUAGUGAUUUUAGGAUGAUCUCAUUAAUGAAGCACGUAUAACUUUAAGGAAAGAAAAAAAAAAAAAACAAACCCAAGUAUUUGAGAUCUAUGUUUGAAGACCCAAGGGAUAAAUUUUUGUUAGUUCAGGCUUCAGAAGUGAGGGAUGCUUACUAGAAAAAGCUGUUAGCAUUUUUAACUGGUUUAUGAGUGAAAAACAGUCAAAAGGAGAAGAAAUUAUCAGUUUAUACUUAAAGCUGCAGCACAUGAUGAUUUAGACCUUGAUGGUUUUCAUCAAGAUGUUCGGUCUUGGGAGUGGAAGACAUGAGGAUUUUGAGAGGUGAAGUUAAAAUGUAGAGCAGAGUAUUUCAGACAGAGUCUGCAUGUGCAUUUUGAAAAUAGUAUUAACAUUCUUGUUCAAAUAGAAGGAAAUGCAACUCUAUGCUAGAAAAUAUGUUUUUGAAGUUUAUCUUGAUUCUGUAUUAUAGGGUAAAGCAUUUUAAAGCUAAGGUUUACCUUUUUUAUUUAAGGAAGGGAAUUGCUAGUUGGAUAAAAGAAAAAAUCAUAUGUCAAAUCAUAUGCAUACAGAAAAUCAUUGUCAAAAUACAGUUUGUAAAAAAAAAAAAAAAAACAAACAAAAAAAAAAACACCCCAAACAAAAUAACCAACAAUGCAACCCUCUGAUUUUUGUAUCACAUAAACAAUGUUCUUUUUAAACUUACUGUAACUAGAAUAUUACAUGAGAAAGUAUAAUUUUGUAAAUAUUUUUAGCUCAAACUUGAACUGCAGGAUCGGUGCCUGAAAUGUAUUUUCAAGCAACAUUGUACUUGACAAAUGUAGCAUCAGUGCUGAAAUAAUCCAUAAUUGUGGGAAAUAACUGUCAUGUGUAUGUUCAAAGUGUGAUAAAGGGUUAAAUUUCUGUUGGAAUAAAUAUGUAACACUU